AUGCCCCUGCACUUCCCAGGCCACAGCAAGAAGAAGGAGGAGUCCGCUCAGACGGCCCUCACCAAGCUCAACUCUUGGUUCCCCACCACCAAGAACCCCGUCAUCAUCAGCGCCCCCAUGUACCUCAUCGCCAACGGCACUCUUGCGGCCGAGGUAUCCAAGGCAGGCGGCAUUGGCUUCGUCGCCGCCGGCUUCGACUUCCGCCCCGGCUCCUCCCAACUAACCACCCUCUCCUCCGAACUCUCCCUCGCGCGCCAGGCCCUAGGUCUCUCCGACCGCCCCCUCACCCCCCUCCCCGCCAUCGGCGUCGGCUUCAUUUUGACUCAUACCAUCUCCGUCCCGCACUUCGUCGACACCGUCCUACCCAUCUUGAUCGAACACUCCCCCCAAGCCGUCUGGCUCUUCGCCAACGACCCUGACUUCGAAGCCGCUCACUCCUCCGAUGAGGGGCCGGCAGCAAAGGGAACGGCGAAGCAAAUCAUCGAGGCUCUUCACGCUGCGGGGUUCGUGGUGUUCUUCCAGGUGGGCACGGUCAAAGAUGCGAGGAAGGCGGUGGCAGAUGGAGCGGAUGUGAUUGUGGCGCAAGGAAUAGAUGCGGGGGGUCAUCAGGUUGCUAAGGGGAGUGGGAUUGUGUCAUUGGUGCCGGAGAUGAGGGAUAUGAUUGAUAGGGAGUUUGCGGGGAGGGAGGUGGUGGUUGUGGCGGCGGGGGGUGUGGCGGAUGGGAGGGGGGUUGUGGGGGCGCUUGGUCUUGGCGCUGAGGGUGUGGUGUUGGGUACAAGAUUCAUCGUAGCAACCGAAGCUGCCACCCCUGAGUUCCGCAGGAAGCUCAUCCUCGAGACAAACGAUGGUGGUCUCAAUACCGUCAAAUCCCAAUUCCACGACCAAAUCAACAGCACCACAAUCUGGCACAACGUCUACGACGGUCGAGCCGUCCGCGGCGCCUCUUACGAUGACCACGCCGCCGGUCUCCCCUUUGAAGAGAACCACAAGAAGUUCAAGGAGGCGGCGAGCUCUGGGGAUAACUCGCGGACUGUGACUUGGGCCGGAACUGCUGUGGGUCUGGUAAAGGACCAGAAGCCGGCUGGCGAUAUUGUUAGGGAGUUGAGGGAGCAGGCGAAGGAGAGAAUUAAGAAGAUCCAGGUGUUUGCUGCUUAG